GCCGCCGCUACCACAUCAGGAGAGAAAUCAUGGCUAUAUGCAGGAAGAUAGAGAAAUCACGUGAAGAAGAAAGCCGAAUAAGGAAGGCAAGAACUUAUAUAAAUGAGCAGAAGUUGAAAAAUUCAAAGAAGGUGGAAGAAAUUAAACAAAAUGUGGUUGUUGCUAAGUUUAAGGAGAAACAACUGAAACAACAGAUGAAGUACAAGUUGGCUCAAGCUAACAAUUCAAAAAAUAACAUUCCACUUUCCAAGCAUGAAGUCAUAGUAUCAAAAUAUAAGAUGCAGGUAGCCGAAGCUCAUGAUGAAAUGCUGCAGUCAAAAAGAUGUUGUGCACGGAUAUAG